UCUAACCCCUUGAGAGAAACGAGGACAACUAAAGAGGAAGCGAGAGAGAACAAAAAGAAGAAGAAGAUGGAGAUGUUAAAGUUUUUGAUGUAUUUAUCCUGAGAUUUGAGCAAAGAGAAGAUGUUUUGGAUUAUAGCUAUUUCUAACAAUCGUUAUUAAUCUUUCUCACCAGACAGUUUAUUAUAUGCGAGGAGGUUCGGCAAUCUCUGAAGCAACUUGGCGGUUCAGCAUGUCAGGUUCUGCUUGUGGUUGUUGUUGUUGUUUGUUGUGAUGGAAAGAAACAGACCACAGCAUCCCUUCAAGCAACAGGGUAUGGAACCUGGAUAUGUGAAUGACUCUAUCCCUCAAGCAUUUACCGCUGAACAAACAGUUUUGACCGGUGCCAAUGCCCAGCCUCCAAAUCUGAAUGCUUCAGAUGUUAGGCCGGGGCUUCACUACUCCAUACAAACAGGAGAAGAGUUCUCUCUUGAGUUUCUACGAGAUAGAGUGAUUUCUCAAAGGUCUGCAAACCCCAAUGCAGCUGGUGACAUGGUGGGAAAUGGGAUGAUGGAUUAUGAGAGAGCAAACUAUCCGCUUCAUGAGUUUGGAAACAAACUUGGGCAUAUCCAAUCAGCACCAGAGGCUUUACUAUGUCAAGAUAGAAGUUUAGGAAACUUUCACGGAUAUGCAUCUUCUUCGUCAGCCUCAGGUAGCUUAACGGCAAAGGUUAAAAUCCUCUGUAGCUUUGGUGGGAGAAUACUCCCACGUCCAGGCGAUUCGAAGCGUAGAUACGUUGGAGGGGAAACACACAUUAUUUCCAUAAGAAAAGACGUAUCUUGGCAAGAGCUCAGGCAAAAAGUUCUUGAGAUAUACUACAGGACUCAUGUUGUGAAGUACCAGCUUCCUGGUGAAGAUCUUGACGCCUUGGUGUCUGUAUCGUGCGAUGAAGAUCUCCAGAACAUGAUGGAAGAGUAUAAUGAGAUGGAGAACCGUGGCGGUGCGCAAAGGCUUAGGAUGUUUCUUUUCUCAGUCGGUGAUAUGGAUGGUUCUCUUUUGGGUGCUAAUCAGAGUGAUGUUGACUCCGAGUUUCAGUAUGUUGUGGCUGUGAAUGAUAUGGAUAUUGGAUCAAGAAGCAACUCAACUCUGAAUAGACAUGACAGCCUUUCUGCAAACAGUUUAGCUGAGAUGGAUGUUAGGAACAGUGAAGGCAUCAAUGGUGUUUCCCCUUCGCAGUUAACUGGAGUUGAUCUCCAACAAUCCUCUAUGCAUUAUUCUGAGUCUGCGCCACAAGGCUCCAUGCUACAGUAUCCUCAAUCUAUUCCACACAAUGCUGCUUAUCAGUAUCCACCGAACUCUACACUUCAGUAUGCACAGGUCCUUCCUCCAAGCCCAUCUCUUCAGUAUCCUCAAUCUAUUCCACCAGGUUCUACUCUUCAGUAUCCACAAUCUAUCUCCUCCAGCUCCCAUGGAAUGUACCCACAGUACUAUGAAGAAAGGCAACAGUAUCCAAUGUAUCAUCAACAAGGUUCUUCCAAUUACUCUAUUUCCAUGCCUUUCCGAGGGCAGCAGCCAAACCAUCAACAGCAAAACGCAGCAGUGCAGGCAGGAGAGCUAAACAUAAGUCCUGAGAUGAAAGUUAGUGAGAACAUAGAGCCUGAAAAUCGCCAGAACACUCCUCCUCAAGCUGCGGAUAAUAUAGAGGUUAAGAGUCACUGCGUAGUUCGGGAGGCACCAGUUUCUCCAACUGUACAUAGCCAGGAACCUACACAUAUGUUGCCCCCAAGAAGAGAUCCAAGACAGAACAAUCCUGUGAAGCCUUCUGCUUACCGUGAGGCUGUUUCUCCUGAGCAGGUUCCUGUGUCUGGCGAGGAUGAUCAGCUUUCAACAUCAAGCGGUACAUGUGGUCUUGCUCAGACUGACUCUGAGUCAAACUUAAUCGAUCUUGAUUACCCGGAGCCUUUACCGCCCACGCGGAGGGUAUAUGGCUCAGAGAGGAUACCUCGUGAACAGUUAGAAAUGCUAAACCGCCUUUCCAAAUCUGAUGACUCUCAGUUCUUAAUGUCUCAUUCACAAGCCAUCACUGGACAGCAAGAUCCAGCAAAACACGGAGAGGGUAAACCACAUGAAGAUUCACAUAUUGUUAAUGAAUUGAAUGAACAAGAGACUGUAAACCCUGAAGCUGCCAACAAGAACAGAAUGGUCAAUGGUGGAGGUAUCGAGCCUGAAGGUCCUAAUCUUAGUCAUAUAGACGCAUCCACUAAUCAUGUAAUCCCUGAAAACCGAGCUUCUUCAAGUGUUCUUAUCGACAUCAAUGAUCGGUUCCCUCAGGACUUCCUCUCUGAAAUAUUUGCAAAGGCACUCUCUGAGGACAUGCCACCAGGGGUCAAUGCAUAUCAGCAUGAUGGUGCUGGUGUUAGUCUGAAUGUAGAGAACCAUGAUCCUAAAAACUGGUCUUAUUUUCGGAAACUGGCUGAGGAACAGUUCAGUGAAAGAGAUGUUCCACCAGGCUUUCCAUCUGACAUGGAAGAUAGUGGAGUGAAUACCAAAUUGCAUCACGUUGCUCCUUUGACCAGAGAUGGUAUUACAACAGAGAACCGUGUGGAUCCUCAGCUGAAUGUAGGUCAAGAUCACGAGGGUGCACAGAUGAAGGUCACAGAGAGUGAGGAAUUUGGUGCUAUGGUUGAGAAUCUAAGGACUCCGGAUUGUGAACAUGAGGAUGAUGAAAAGACAGAAACAAGGAAUGCUGGGCUUCCUCCACUUGGUUCGCCUUUGGCAGAUUAUGAUGCAAGUGGGUUGCAGAUCAUUAUGAAUGAUGAUCUCGAGGAGCUGAAGGAACUUGGUUCUGGCACGUUCGGUACAGUGUACCAUGGGAAAUGGAGAGGAUCAGAUGUUGCCAUCAAGAGGAUAAAGAAGAGUUGCUUUGCUGGUCGAUCUUCUGAACAAGAGAGAUUAACUGGUGAAUUCUGGGGAGAGGCUGAGAUUCUUUCAAAGCUUCAUCAUCCAAAUGUGGUUGCGUUUUAUGGUGUUGUAAAAGAUGGACCUGGUGGAACAUUGGCUACUGUAACAGAGUACAUGGUUGAUGGUUCUCUGAGACAUGUUCUAGUCAGGAAAGAUAGACACCUGGAUCGUCGUAAGAGACUAAUCAUUGCAAUGGAUGCUGCAUUUGGAAUGGAAUAUUUGCACGCCAAAAACAUAGUUCACUUCGAUUUGAAAUGUGACAACUUACUUGUAAACCUCAAAGAUCCUUCUCGCCCAAUCUGCAAGGUUGGAGAUUUCGGUUUGUCCAAAAUUAAAAGAAAUACAUUAGUAUCUGGUGGUGUACGUGGAACCCUUCCGUGGAUGGCACCAGAGCUUCUAAACGGUAGCAGCAGCAAAGUUUCAGAAAAGGUGGAUGUCUUCUCUUUUGGCAUAGUCUUGUGGGAGAUUCUAACUGGAGAGGAACCAUAUGCUAAUAUGCACUAUGGUGCAAUAAUAGGUGGGAUAGUGAACAGCACACUGAGGCCGACCAUACCAACUUACUGUGACUCUGACUGGAGAAUAUUAAUGGAGGAAUGUUGGGCGCCUAAUCCGACGGCACGACCAUCCUUCACGGAGAUAGCUGGCCGGUUACGUGUGAUGACAACUGCUGUAACUUCGAACCAGUCCAAACCGCCAGCUCACAAUAAGGCUUCAAAGUAAAACAGUGUCUUUAGUCUUUUACUCUUUUCAAUGUUUUGGGGGUCAGGAGGAAGAUAUUUGUUGACCCUUUUCUCCUUUCCCUUUUCAUUUACCAAAACCAUAAACAAGUUUAAGUAAUAAAAUUGGUUUGAGGCGUUGUAUCAACAGUCAAAAGUUGUUUUUCCUCACGUUAUUUUUCUUA